AGGCAUGUUAAAAGAAAACGAUAGAAGUGCACAGAUUGCCGCUUUCUCCUGCCUCAAACCGAGCCUCAUGCACCGCGCAGUCCCCGCGCUGCAAAAUUACUCACGAAAAGCAGCUGUGAAGGAAAAGCUGCAGCGGCGGCGUCGCAUUAAAAAUCCAGCGGUUUUUUUGGUGAAAAAAAACCCAGCUUUUCCGCUUCCCCCUGGGAGAUGUAGUUCCGAGGACCGGAAGUUGUACCCCGAGCCACUUCCUGUUACUAUCACCAUGGCGACGGAGGAGGCAGCAGUAGCAGGAGGAGCGAAGCACCCCACGACCAUGCUGCACUCCCGCUACUACAGCAGUCGGGAAGUGGCUGUCCAUAACACCAUGAAUGAUUUGUGGGUCUCCUAUUUGGGAAAAGUCUAUGACCUGACCCCUUUAGCCGAACAGUUUAAAGGUGACAUUCUACUGAAACCCAUUUUAGAAGCAGCUGGACAUGAUAUCAGCCACUGGUUUGAUGAGAAGCGUAAAGAUAUUCGCAUCAAGAUUGACCAGCUCGCCAAUUGCCAGAAGUACCAUACUCCUCGUGGACGCUUUGCUCACAUUCCACCCCUCAUGCCAAUGAGUGAUUGGUCUAAUGCCUUUGGGACGCCAUGGUGGAAGGAUCCAAAGUAUGAGGUUGGAUAUUUAACUGAAAAAACAAGAGAUAUCCGUAUUAUCAACACGCUAACAGGUCAAGAACAGGUGAUUGAGGUGUGCAGUGAGGAGACAGUGAAUGACAUUCUUGAGAGGUACCUGGAGUAUAAUGCACAUGCAGCCAGCUACACAUGGAAAUACGAUGGGGUACCUCUGAAGAUGGACAAGACGCUAGAGGAGAAUGGGAUUGUGGAUGAGGAUGAAAUAUUCUAUGAUCUGCAGAUGGAGCCGGAUGACUAUCGCCAGUCCAUUUUGCUCUACUUCAAUGAUGACCUAACAGUGCUGUAGAGAGUUCUGACUUCACCAGAGGGAAAGUCUGCAGUAUCUCCAACAAAUGCUGACACUCACCCAUGACCCUGCUGCCUGUAAUCAGAACAUAUUCAAGUUCACAAUAAAAUCAGCUUUUAUUAAAUGACUAUUUGAUUGAAUUAGCAGGUGAGGUCCGUCCAUCAGUUUCCUGCUGAUAACGCGAUCCCCUCAUCCUUCUGAGUUCUUGUUUUCUCAAUAGAUUUAUUGGAUGUGGUGUCACUGGCUAGGCCAAGAUUUAUUGCCCAAAUUUCAAAGAACAAAGAAAAUUACAGCACGGGAACAGGCACUUUGGGCCUCCAAGCCUGCGCCAAUCGGGAUCCACUGUCUAAACCUGUCACCUAUUUUCUAAGGGUCUGUAUCCCUUGGCUCCAUGCCCAUACAUGUAUCUGUCCAGAUAUAAUCUUAAAAGACACUAACGUGUCUGCGUCUACCACCUCUGCUGGCAAUGCACUCACCACCCUCUGCGUAAAGAACUUUCUACACAUAUCCCUCCUAAACUUCCCUCCUCUCACUUUGAACUCAUGACCCUUAGUAAAUGAGUCCCUCACUCUGGGAGAAAGCUUCUUGCUAUCCACCUUGUCUAUACCCAUCAUAAUUUUAUAGACCUUAAUCAGGUCCCCCCUCAAUCUCCGUCUUUCUAAUGAAAAUAAUCCUAAUCUACUCAACCUUUCUUCAUAGCUAGCGCCCUCCAUAUCAGGCAACAUCCUGGUGAACCUCCUCUGCAUCCUCUCCAAAGCGUCCACAUCCUUUUGUGAAUGUGGUGACCAGAACUGUGCACAGUACUCUAAAUGUGGCCGAACCAAAGUCUUAUACAACUGUAAUAUGACCUGCCAAUUCUUGUACUCAAUACCCUGUCCGAUGAAGGAAAGCAUGCUGUAUGCCUUCUUGACCCCUCUACUGACCUGUGUUGCCACCUUCAGGGAACAAUGAACCUGAACACCCAGAUCUCUUUGAACAUCAAUUUUCCCCAGGACUUUUCCAUUUACUGUACAAUUUGCUUGUGAAUUAGAUCUUCCAAAAUGCAUCACCCCACAUUUGCCUGGAUUGAACUCCAUCUGUCAUUUAUCUGCCCAACUCUCCAAUCUAUCUAUAUUCUGCUGUAAUCUCUGACAGUCCCCUUCAAUAUCUGCUACUCCACCAAUCUUCAGUUAUUGAACAUUGAAUAUCCUUUAUUGUCACAUACAUUCAAAAUAAAAUGCAGUGCAAA